AUGACUCUGGUAGGUGUUAAUUCGCAAAACACUGAGAUCACUGAGGAAAACUGCGGAUACGCGCCUUUCAAAGAGUUGCAGGAUGCAAGGGCGCUAUUGACAGCACUUUUGGAUGAAUCCGAUAACCGGCAAUCAAGAGCCUCGCUCUCAGCUGCCGAAGAACUCGUUCUUCAGAUCGACGCACUCAUGGACUUUGCGCACGGGAUGCUGCAUGCAUACCCGUAUCGAGAAGUGCCGGUAUGCUGGCGAGAACUCUACACGGAUUCAGGGAUCCUCAAAGCGCUAGCUCUUGGGUUUAUCGCCUCAUCCACAGUAUCGAUCAUGGAAGCGAAGCACAGAAUACCUCUUAAACCGGCCAUUCUGGCUUGCGAUAAGGUUCUCGUUAUGGCGGGAGCAGCCGGUCAUGAAAGGAAGCAACUUGUGUACGAGUUAAUCGACUUACUAGAAGGCAUGGUGGAGGGUCUUGAGGAGACUACGCAGCCUCCAAAGAAGCGGGCAAGGACAGGAGCGCCCGCCAAACUGGGCGAGGAGGCACAUCAAGGACCAGUACCUGAAAUCCGAUAUCCGAUUCCUCGAUUGCAUCUGCCUUCAAUGGAUGCGUUUCAGCAGCACGUCAACGGACCAUCUGGAGCAACACCCAUCAUCAUCACUGACUCUAUUGAUCAUUGGCCUGCGAGGGAACGGUGGACAGAUUUGGAUACCAUUUGUCAGACAGCAGGACCCGAUCGGCUAGUUCCAAUUGAGAUCGGCAGCCAGUACACGGAUGAGCAGUGGACUCAAAAGCUGGUGACUGUACGUGAGUUUAUUGAGCAGUACAUUGUUCGGGACCCAUUGGAGGAUGAGACAGGGAAUCAUGGACAAGACAAGAAAGAUGGUUGCGAUAAGAAGGAAAAGCCGAUCGGAUAUCUGGCACAGCACGAUCUGUUUGAUCAGAUCCCUCGGCUUCGCAGGGACAUUGAUAUCCCAGAUUACUGCCUGAUCGGACCCAGGGAUCAGGGGGGCUACGAUCCACCAGACGAUGUGCUGCUGAAUGCAUGGUUCGGUCCACGGGGUACGGUCUCGCCGAUGCACACAGAUCCGUACCAUAACUUGCUGGCUCAGGUUGUGGGCAGGAAAUAUAUCCGGUUAUAUGCGCCUAAGGAAACUUCUAAGCUGUACUGCUUUGGAUCAGAUUCUGAAGACGGCACUCAGGAGCAGGAGCAGGAGCAGGAGCAGGAGACUACGAUGUUGGGCAACACAAGCCAGGUGGAGGUGGAGAAUCCUGAUCUGGAGCGACAUCCGCUCUUUGCAGAGGCGAGAUAUGUGGAGACGAUUCUUGAACCGGGUGAGGUGCUUUAUAUUCCGUUCAAGUGGUGGCACUACAUCCGGUCGCUGUCGACAAGCUUCUCGGUCAGCUUUUGGUUCUGAAAAUAAAAGAAGGCAUCAUUCCCAGGAUUGCAUUAGUCUAUAGUAGACACAGUCGUAUACACGGUGUGCGUGUGACCCGUUGUGAGCACUUGUCUAUGGGCGAAUGAGACUG